GCUUCCACAUCUCAUCUCAGUAGAGGAAGAAACAAUGAAAUGAAAGAGUAAUUAAGUAAUUCAAUUGGGGUUUUGUGUUCGCUCUGCAACAUUCACAAUGCUCACUCUCAUCACGCUCUUUCACCUACUCGUCUCUCUCACCUCCGCCACGGCCACCGCCACUUCCACUUGCCGAUUCUCUUUUCUCGACUCAAACAAGCUUUACAAUUACACUCUCUCUUCUCCCAUUCCCAACUUCCCUCAUGGCAUCCUCAGCGAAGACGGAUUUUACAAAGUGGCAGUAAACGGCACUACCCUUUGGUUUCAGCUAUGCGAUGGAAUGCUUUUCAAUCAUGACCCUCCAACAUGUGCUGACUGCUGGGAUUGUGGAGGACCCAACCGUUGUGGGAUGGAAUGCAAUGCACUUGUGGCAAACAACAUUGGAGGUUAUCAUGUGUGCACAGCCAUUGGACAUGGCCCCAAAAUAGAUAUUGAUGUCAUUGAUAAGAAAAAUCCCCACACUGGUGUCAUUAUUAAAAUGUCUAGCAGUGGCCUCAAGUACAACUGUUCACUGGCUGUGUCUGUGCUUUGCAAUUUAAAUGGAGUACAAGGACCGCACACUCUGGAGAGAUCAGGGGCCUGUGAUUAUGUAACAGAGCUAAAGCAUCCAUCUGGUUGUGCCAUGAUCGUAAAUGUUCAUGGGGGAGGGUGGGGGUGGUUUGUCACCUUACUAAUCAUUGUUUUAUGCCUUUUUGCUGCAUAUCUGCUGGCUGGUAUAGUUUAUCGAUUUUUCUUCCUUGGGAUUCGUGGUAUAGAUGUUAUCCCUAACUUGGACUUCUGGGUCAGCUUGCCUAGGAGAACACAGAGUGUGUGUGCAUCUUUGGUGAGAAAGUUUAAGGGACCAUCCCAAGGUUACCGGAGCUCCUAUUCCCCUGUGAACUUCUGAGAUUAUAUUUUUGAUUUUUGAUUUAUCUGGUAAAUUCAUUACGGAUAAUCUCAGAUAUGAGGUAAACAUGCUGCAGACAAAUGCAGAAAAGCCAUUUUUCAGGUGCUCUCUGAUCAGCCCUGAGCUUCCUUGAUAUGGAACAUUCCGCAGAAACCUGUGAUUCUUGUUCUUACAGUCCCUCCACGAAUUUAAUAUUUCACAUUCUUUUUUCGGUCUCUGAAAGAAAAGGGGGAAGAGGAGGAGGAAGGAGAAAAAAAAAUAUCAUAAAACCAAAAAAAGAAAAAGGCUUGCGUGAUUCUUAAGUUAAAAAAGGGAUUAUAACGAAGCUAAUCCAACAAUUUUUGUUGACAUUCUUUAGUUGAUAAUCAGAUGAUUGAAUGAAAUUGUAACUUGACCUUGUUCCUUUGACAAUUAAUUCAUUCUCGUUUUUUUUUUCUGUUC